AGCGGCAUAGCAACCUAACUUGUUUCGCCGCAUCAACAAUCUGUGCGGGUGUGGAAAAAAAAUGGAUCAAACCAAAAAACCACUAAGAAUUCCACCUCAAUUUGGCACGUACGCUGAGAGGCAUGGAGUAUUUGAGUUGUACAAGAGACUGAUUGAAGGUCUAAUUAUCAGCAAACCACAGGAUCCAUUGGAUUAUCUCCUUGAACAACUGAAGAGAGAAAAUGAUGACACUCCAGCAAUUGUUAUUCAUGGUCCUCCAGCAUCGGGCAAGACGACCAUAGCUCGCUUGGUGUCCAAUCAGCUGAAGGCAGCUUAUAUCAGCAAAGAGACUCUCUUAGCAGACGAUGUGUCAACCGCCGCAGCUAAAGCAAGAACUUGCCAGUCCAGCGGAGAGCCAAUCCCGACAGAGUUGUGGGUUGAGCUGAUCAGGAACAGAGUGAAGCUGUUUGAUUGCAUCAGGAAGGGAUGGGUCUUAGAUGGGUUCCCGGACACCAGAGAACAGGCCCUGGCCCUGCAGGAGAUCGGCAUCAACCCUAAACAUUUUGUUGUUUUGGAAGCCCCAGACACAGUGCUGAUUGAGAGACAGAUGGGCAAGAGGAUUGAUCCCGAGACAGGGGAUGUAUACCACACCACGUUCGACUACCCCGGUAAUGGUGAUGUGGAGAAGAGACUGGUGGAACCCCCUGAGGGGUGCGGAGAGGAGGCCAUGGUGGAUCGACUGAUCCUCUUUCAUCGCUUCAUCCCGGGUCUCAAGGUAGCCUAUGAGCAGUACACCAAGUCCAUCAAUGCCGAUCAACCAAAAGCUGAUGUCUACUCGCAAGUAACAACAUUCCUGAGUUCCAAGACUCGAUCCUUGGCACCUCACAAUCCUCGUAUCGUCCUCCUGGGUCCCACCGGUAGCGGUAAGACCGUCCAGGCCGCCCUGCUGGCCAGCAAGUAUGGCAUCAUCAACGUUUCUUCAGGUCAGCUAGUGAACGAAGCUAUCGCAAGUGAAUCCAAGGUUGGUGAGGCCAUCAAACCCUAUGUCGAGAGAAAAAUGCUUGUCCCUGAUAAUCUCAUCCUGAAACUCCUGGACGAGAGGUUGAGUCAGGUGGACUGUUCCACUCGAGGAUGGGUGUUGAGAGGGUUUCCGCGUACGAGGGAGCAAGCCGAGAAUCUCACAGCAGCAGGCCACGAACCCAACAGGGUGUUCUACUUGGAUGUCCCCAACGACUCUGUCUACGAGCGCCUCACCCUGCGAUCUCUAGACGCCGUCAGCGGCAACCGCUACCACGCCCUCUACAACCCUGCCCCGACGUCCGACAUCAAGGACCGCACCGCCCAGCAUCCCUCGGACCUCGAGGAGAAGAUCCGCGAGCGUCUGGCGGCGUACUACGCUUACUCGGAAGAGAUCAGCGACUUCUACGAGGAUGCGCAGCACAUCAACGCCGACCAGGAUCCACACACGGUGUUUGAGUGUGUGGAGAGCAUGCUGGUCAGCCCUCUCCCGAGGACUCUCCCCACCCAGGACUAGAUAUGGUCGAUGAUUGCGAAAGGAAGCAGCUUUCCAAUAGAGCAUAGUAGUGAAGAGGUGUCCAAGAACAAUAAUCAGUACCAUCCCACACUUUUUCAAAGACAGUAUAAAGGACCAAGUUCCUGAAAAGGCCACAAAAUUUUACUCGUAUCAUCACGAUUUGAAUUUUGCUAGGCAAGUUAUCUGUUUUUCAUUGUUCAUUUUGAUACAAAUAUUGGUCAAUAAUGUUUAAUUUCACGAUUCCUGAACUUAUUCAUGAACUGAUUUUUUUCAUGAAGGCAUACAAGCUAUCUUUGUUCGAAGAUAUUCAAUAAAAUAUCACAACUGGAAAGUUGAAACCACAUUUGGUACUUAAAGGGUUAAAGGAUGUCAGUCUGUAAGUUUGUUUUCUUCAUUUUUGAAUUUUAAAGGAAUUAAUUAUUUUAUUUAUCUCAAACAGACGUUUUCAUUUUCAAGUUCCUUAUUUUUCCUCAAUCCAGAAUUUUUUUUUAAAGGUGAAGUCACCGUGCAAAAGUGCUUGAAGCUCCUAACAGUCUUAUAAUAAUAAUAAUAAUAAUAAUAAUAAUAAUAGUGGGUUCUUUUAUCACAACACCUUUAACGACCAACUAGGCAGAUAUCCGACAAUGGGACCUAUUUUCUGAUGUCUCAAAUAUUCAGUGCUCAAUCGAUAUGAUCACUCAUCAUACAACAUGUUCACAGACUCUUUAAUGAUCUUAUAGGAAAGUUAAAUGGAUGACAUGGAAAGUUAUUAGUUUAUAUAAUAUUAUGUUCUUAUGAAGAAAAAUAAAAUGUGCACACCAAAAAGAUGAAAGAAAAGUCAGUUUGUUUUAUGAUAGCACACACUUUAUUAAUGAGACAUUUGAUUCAGAAAUUAUUUAAAUAUUUGUAAAAUCUUUCAGAGAAGUAGUCAUUUUAGUUGUGUCCCUUUUUUCUUCUUUUACAGAUCAACAUGCUAUUUUUAAAGUAAAUAUAUAUUUGUCUUUUUGCCAUGUUGACUAGUACCAAUUCAUAAAUGUAUAUACAUGUAUAUAUAUAUUUAGCUGGUAAUUUAGAUCUGUACAUAUACAAUAUUUAAGAUAUUUCUAAUGUCCUUGUACAUGGUAUAUUACCUACCAGAGUUUAUGCUGUUUGGUAUGGCUAUAUAAUGUUCAAUAAAAUAAAAUUUCAAAUUGAAA